CAUAAUUCCAUGAUCCAGAAAAAGGCCUAAUUGAGGACAAUGGGAGGAUUUGAACACUGGUCAAAAUGAGUGGCUCUUCCGGCCACAGUACCUAGGAUGAUUUGGGAAAGUCUCACCUUCAUUUUCCCCACAUUUUACCAAUUCUGAAAUGGGAUUUUACUCUGCGGAGGAAGGUCGUGUCUCCACCCUUGCCUACCUAGUCCGGGGCGGACGUCGCAGCGUAGUGGGUCUGCGACGCGGCGCUCCGGGGCUGGGCGCAGUGGCCGCAAGAGCUCACCGUGAGUGCGGGAGCCCGGGGCUGUGACACCGGACCCGCGCCAGGCACGGACGCCCGGGGGCCCGCGGGGAGGCGCGCGCGGAGCCGGCUACCGCGGACCGGCUGGAGGGGCUGACGCGCCGCCGCGCUUGCAGUCUCGCUCCGUAGCCGGAGUGCGCGCCGCUGCUCUCCGCGCCUCGGAAGUGCAGCGGACCCCGCCGUUGCCGCCGCCCGAUGGCGAGGCUGCGGGAUUGCCUCCCCCGCCUGAUGGUCACGAUCCGGUCCCUGCUCUUCUGGUCCCUGGUCUACUGCUACUGCGGUCUCUGCGCUUCCGUCUACCUGCUCAAACUUUUGUGGAGCAUCGGCAAGGGACCCACGCAGACCUUCCGGAGGGUCGCCCGGGAACACCCUCCAGCGUGCUUGAACGACCCCUCUUUGGGUACCCACUGCUACGUGCGGAUCAAGGAUUCGGGGUUAAGAUUUCAUUAUGUUGCCGCUGGAGAAAGAGGCAAACCACUUAUGCUGCUGCUUCAUGGAUUUCCAGAAUUCUGGUAUUCUUGGCGUCACCAACUAAGGGAAUUUAAAAGUGAAUAUAGAGUUGUAGCGUUGGACUUGAGAGGCUAUGGAGAAACAGAUGCUCCCAUUCAUCGAGAGAAUUAUAAAUUGGACUGUCUAAUUACAGAUAUAAAGGAUAUUUUAGACUCUUUAGGGUAUAGCAAAUGUGUUCUUAUUGGCCAUGACUGGGGAGGCAUGAUUGCUUGGCUAAUUGCCAUCUGUUAUCCUGAAAUGGUGAUGAAGCUUAUUGUUAUUAACUUCCCUCAUCCAAAUGUAUUUACAGAAUAUAUUUUACGACACCCUGCCCAGCUGUUCAAAUCCAGCUAUUAUUAUUUCUUCCAAAUACCAUGGUUCCCAGAAUUUAUGUUUUCCAUAAAUGAUUUCAAGGCAUACUUCUUUCUAGAGAACAUUCCAUGGGGAGAUGAAAGAAUAUGAAUGCCAGGUAAGAGAAUUUGACAGUAGCAGAAGUGGAAGCCCUUGGGAUUAAAGAAAACCCCCAAACAAAAUUAAGCCUGCAGGUAUUGGUGUACCAUAUACACUGACACCAGGAGUCAUAUAUAGUAUCUAUUUCUUCGAAGUUAAUUAGUUGCUUCUUGUUUGUCCAGCAUGAUGUUAAAUAUUUAGGGAGGUUAAAAAAAGACAUAAUAUUAUUUUACCUGGAAAUACUUCUGCAUGUACCUCUGACAAUAAGGACUAUUUUUAAAAAAAGAACAUAACUCCAGUGCCAUUAUCAAAGCUAACAAAAUGAACAACUUGUUAAAAUCAUUUAAUGCCCAUUCAAAUUCUCUUAAUUGUCUCAACUGUCUUUAUGCACUUUAUUUGUUUGAAUCAGGAACCAAACAAGGUCUACAUAUUGUAUUUGUUUGUUAUGCAUUUUAAAAUCUUUAACGGUUCUUUCCUUUUGUUUUUUACCAUCACUUUUUUAAGAAGAAAUUUGUUCAUUUGCCCUGAGGAAUGGUCCACAUUUUGGAUUUGACUGACUGCUUCAUCAUGGUGUUAUUUAACUAGUUCUGCUAAGCCUUGUCUUUCCUACUUCAUAGGUGCUACUGAUCUAGAGGCUUGAUUAGACUGUUUAAUUUGACAAGAAUAUUUUAUAGGUGGUUCUGUGUAUUUCCUAAUGCGUCACAUCAGGGAAGCACAUAAUGCUUAGUUGUCCCAGUUUUAGUAAUGCUAACACUAACCAGUGGACUCACAAAUUGUCAGCCUAUCCAAAUUGCCUAACAACCAACCUUUCACCAAAUAACUUUAGCAUACCUUGAUCGUCACGGCCUAGGUUCAUUAUUUCUUUAGAAAACAGUGAUUUUUUUAGUUCUAUGGGGAUGCCUAAAAAGUUCCCUCAGUUUUUAAGUAAAAAUAAAAGACACAUUUUUCAUUUUCACCAAGAGCUUUACUGAACCCUUUGGUUCCCCUACCUUCUGCCAUUUUUCAGGCAACUUCUAAAUUCCAUCUUCCCAAAAUUUUUUAUCCUUUUGAGCAAAGAACUGUUCCGGGUGCCUUUUACAGUCCUCCGGGGUAUUGACAUUUUUUCCAUUAAGAGAACUUUGUAAAGACCGAAAUAAAUGGAAAUCUGAAGGUGCAGUGUCUGGUGAAUAUGGCGGAUGAAUCAGAACUUCCCAGCCAAGCUGUAACAGUUUUUGGCUGGUCAUCAAAGAAACGUACGGCCUUGGUUAUCCUGAUGGAAGAUUAUGUGUUUUCUGUUGAGUAAUUCCGGAUGCUUUUUGUUGAGUGCCACUUUCAGUUGGUCUAAUUGGGAGCAGUACUUGUUGGAAUUAAUCGUUUGGUUUUCCAGAAGGAGCUCAUAAUAGAGGAUUCCCGUUCAAUCCCACCAUAUACACAACAUCACCUUCUUUGGACGAAGACCAGCCUUUGGUCUCUUCCGUUCCACAUUAUUGUACAGUAUCCACUUUUCAUCGCCCAUCACAAUUUGUUUUAAAAACGGAACAUUUUUGUUACGUUUCUGUAGAGAAUCGCAUGCAGCAAUACGAUCAAGAAGGUUUUUUUUCACCUAGCUUAACAUCAAAGCGAUUCACAUAACCAGGGUGGUGCAAAUGAUUUUCAACGCUUGAUUUAGAUAUUUAGAGUAUGUCGGCUAUCUCCUGCGUGGUAUAACGUUUAUUGCUCUCAAUUAAUUUCUCGAUUUGAUCACCAUCAACUUCAACUGGUCUACCCGACCAUGGAGCAUCGUCCAGUGAGAAAUCUCCAGCAAGAAACUUCUCAAACCACUUUUGCCACAUUCACUCAGUCACAGCACCUUCUCCAUACACCACACAAAUCUUUUUUUGAGUUUCAGUUGCGUUUUUACCUUUCUUGGAAUAAUAAAACAUAAUAUGCCGAAAACGUUGCUUUUUUUCUUCAUCUUCAAUAUUAAAAUAGCUACACAAAAAUUCACCAGUUUUGAUAAGUUUUUUUUUUUAAUGCAUGCUAGUAUGACAGCAGUCACAAUACAACAAAAUUAUUUCGAAUAAAGUUAAAGACAACUAAGUGCUACUAGAGCCAUCUUAUGGAAAAAACUGAACGAACUUUUUGGCCAACCCAAUAUUAUUCUUUCUGCUUUUAUUAACUGGAAUUCAUGUAUAAAGAGGAAUUUCCACAUCUAUAUUUGGUUAUUCUGAAAUACAGUUCCCACAAGAAUGGCAGGACAAAUGCUUCAUUAUUUCCCUUUGUAAACAACUUCCAGAGUAAUGAAUUGGUGCCCUAGAAACUUCCACUGAUAACCAAUGAGGGUUUUUUUUUUCAUAUCAUUAUGAGCUCAUGAUUUUUAAAAAUAUAUUUGAUAUUUAUCAAUUGAUUACAGUCAUUAUUCUCUUUGAUGCCCAAAUUGUUGCAAGUGUGAACUCCUUCAGGUUGGCUCCUAUGUCCUCUUGACACAGGAGCCCUUUAGUCAGGGAUAGCUUGCUUCCUUAAUGUCCUAAGGUCAUCAUUUUUUUCCUGUUCCAGAUCUGGAAUCAGUCAUUUAUUGAAGGAACUCUGGCUCCUAUUAGCAGGAAAUGGUAUUUAGAGACCACAGUUUGGGUAUCAAGGCGAUCAUUGUUACUGAGUUUUCAUUGCUUCUAGAUCUUUCCAUUGGACAGAAUGUAGACAUACAUAUUUUUUAGAAAAAAAAUAUGAGUUCUUAUUCACAUUUCCAAAGCAAAUUUAAGAUGACAGCAUUUUCACUUAACUUCUAUGACUUUAUAUAAAACAUUAUAUGGUUCUAAGUCAAAACUCUGAACAAGGUACAUUCAGAGAAGUCUCACUUGUCUCUGUUUCCUCUGUUUCUCUGUCUCCAUCCUAUUCUGUCUCCCAUCGAAAACCAUUUUGGUUAGUUUUGUUUCCUCUUUUUAUUGUUUCUUUUUAAAAAUAUAAGCAAAUAUGUAUAUAUUUAUCUUUUUCUUCUCACACAAAAGAUAACAUACUAUAAACACUAUUUCUACCCUUGCUUUUUUUCCAGUUAACAAUAUACCCUGCAGAUGACUCCAUCAUCAGAAUAGAGAUUAUCUCCAUCUUCUCUUAGAGUACUAAGAACACAUAAUUCACCAACGUGUAUCUAUACCAUAGUUUAUUCAGCCAACCCCCCACAGACAUUUGUUUUCAUUCUUUUUAUUUUCUUAAUUAAAAAAAUUUUUUUGGCUGUGCUGCACCACGGGGCAUGAGGGAUCCUAGUUCCCCAACCAGGUAUCGAACCUGUGCCCCCUGCAGUGGAAGCACAGAGUCUCAACCACUGGACUGCCAGGGAAGUCCUCCAUUCUUUUUCUAUUACAAAUAAUGUUUCAAUGAAUCACCUCCUGCACAUGUCAUUUCAUAUUUUUGCAAGGGUGUUUUGGGGUUGAGGGAUCUAAUUUUAAACAAGAAUCCCAAUAAUUCUGAUUCAGAUUGUUUAGAGACACACUUUGAGAAAUGCUGGUAUAGAGCAGUAUUUUUCAAAUUGUAGGUGGAGACCCAUUAGUGAGUCAUGAAAUAAGUUUUGCAAUUCAGUAAAGUGGCUUGCAAUUUGAGUUUUUAAAAAUAAAGUAGAACAGAAUUGAAAAUAUCAUUACAUGCUGUAAUAAGUGUAAGGACUAUUUCUUUAAACUUUUGUUUCAGACAUAUAUGUGUAGAGAUACGAACUGGAUCAUGAUGUAAAAUGUGUUUGUUACUCUAGGUUGUGAUCAAAAGAAGUUCAAACAAUUUAGGGGGAGGUGUGUGGAUUGGUUGUCAGUAAAUAGAUAAACUGUUAACUGGAAUAUCAGGCUUUAGAGCAGGGAUAGUACUUGAGCUCAGCCUUGUAGAAUGUGAAGAGACACCAAGAAGACAGGAUACUUUUCAUAAGGGUGAAGUGUCCAUGGGGGAUUAAAAGGGAAUAAUAUCAAAAAUAAAGCCAGGAAAGCAGAAAUAUAUAAAAUGUGCUUGUAAACAAUGAGGUCUCCAACCUGGCUAGAGCAGAAACUGGGCGCUAUCACUGCACACUGACCAUCAUUCUCUUUCAAAAGCCAAGUAUUUAGUUACUAUUAGGUAACUGAAGAGUUUUAAUUAUUCUCUUCUCACUUAUCAGGCUUUGAAACAUCUGUUUACUAGUCACAGCACUGGCA